AUGCGUUACCAAACCCUCAUAGUUCUUGCGUCUGUGCUUGCAUCCGUCUCUGCCUUGCCGUCCCAGGUCGCAAAGCGAGACUGGGUUCAUGAUAAAAAAGGCAAUCUCAAGAUCACAUUCUCGGACGAAACAGUCAGCCUCGGCACGCUUCCUAUAGACAAGAUAAUUGAUAAGAUGUCCGACGCUUGCCAUACAUCAGGACAAUGCGACACCAGUCCAAUCAAAAUCACGGGUUACCAGCUGGUCCACAAAGACAGUGUCGUCGAUGAAACCUUGACCAUCAACCCAAGUGGAAGUUACCCAACCUGGAUCCGUAAUGGCCUUCGGGAUGCUCUUCGCGCUGCAGUCAAGGCUACAGCAAAGUGCGAAACAAUCGUUCACACGCCUAAUUGCGGAUUUUCAGCAUAUUACUGCCCAGGCAAAAAAACUAAGGUCACGGAAUGUAAAGUGCCAAAAUACUGGGGGGUCAACUAUCAGCCCCAUGAUCUUGGGAACUCAGCCCCACCCUUCAUGGGGGCUGAUAUGGAGAUGAAAAUUGAGGAUCAUGGAUUCUGUUCAACUUUCACAACAGUAGGAGCUGCUGUCGCAGGAGCCGUAAAUGGUGUCGCCGGCGGAAUUUUCCUCCUUUCCAGUCUGGCAUGCAACUAA